AUCUACAUAUCAUGUGGAGUUGCAUGGUGGACGGAGUGAGGCCGAUCCAGCAGCGCUGAAAUCAGAUGGGCUUGGCUGGAAUACUACUCCUACCGACAAUAAGUCAAUACUUGGAGUUCAUAACUUUAUAGUCAAAUAUGAAAGCAGCUUUAUGCAUUUUUUUCACUUGAGCUUCUGCUGAGGACGUUUCAAGAAGUAUCCCAGUGUUCAGUAUGGCAGGCUGUGGGGAAGUGGACUGUUCAGUGGAUGCUUUGGCUCCUGCCAAGCUGAUGGAGGAAGUGGGAGAUACUUGUGCUGCAGACCCUUCCAGCUCCACCAUCGUCAACCCUGAGUGUGCCAUCUGCCUGCAGAGCUGCGUCCACCCUGUACGCCUGCCCUGCUUCCAUGUCUUCUGCUACCUGUGUGUAAAAGGUGCCUCAUGGCAGAGCAAACGCUGUGCUCUCUGCCGACAGGAAAUCCCAGAAGACUUUCUGGAGCGGCCAGUUCUCCUCUCACCUGAAGAACUGAAAGCAGCGGCUGCAGGGGUGAGCCAAGCUCGGGGGGCUGGGGGCGUUUCCCGUGGAGACUAUGCGUGGUACUAUGAGGGACGCAACGGCUGGUGGCAGUAUGAUGAGAGGACCAGUCGUGAGCUGGAGGAGGCUUUCGCUAAGGAAAGGAAGAGCACAGAGAUGCUAAUUGCGGGGUUUCUUUACGUGGCUGACCUGGAGAACAUGGUGCAAUAUCGCCGGAAUGAGCAUGGCCGCAGACGCAAGAUAAAGCGGGACAUUGUAGAUAUCCCAAAGAAGGGAGUCGCAGGACUAAGGUUAGACCCCGAACCUGCCCCCAUUGCUACUGUACCUGUUGUCCCUCCAGCUGCAACAGAACGCAUCAGCUCAGCUGAUGGAUCGGACACUGACGGCCCAUCACAGUCUUCAUCCUUCGGGAUUAUGGCAUCUAUUCCUCCUGUUAGACCUCCAACACUCCUGGGGCGCCAUCUUACCAGUCCCCUUCUUGCCUCAUUACCAAACGUGGAAGAGUCUUUAUCCCAGCUCCUUAUCAGCCAGCCAGAGGGUGAAGACGUGGAAGGAGAUGAGCUACAGAUGUAUGAGUAUGCAUCCGGCAAUAGUGACAGUGAGGAAGAAAGGGAGUGCGAGAGAGCAGAAUCUAUACCUAGACAUAGGCAGAGACCGUUAAGAGAGAACCAGCCAGCCAGGAUGCCUCCGAGGGGCGGGCCCUCGAGCUCCGCUAUCAAUCUGCGAUCCCGUAGUCCUGAUGGACAGUGCACUGUCACAGAGGUGUGACUGCGACUGGUUUCUGUCCUAUAAAGAAGAGUUUUGAAACUGUUAUCGGGUUGGUAAAAAGUUCUCAAAACAAAUAUGCAUCUUUAAGGGGCCCAAGAAAUGAAGAAACUUUAUUGUGUUGUUAUUUGUGUUGUUGGGCAUAUUUUGCCCCAUCAAUCAUGUGCCAAAUAAAAUACAACAUGUAUUUUAAUUAUUUUUAUAACAAAACAUUCUUUGUCAUUAAAAUACUUCAUCCAAUUGAUGUUAAUCUUAGUUUUCCCUGUAGGUCUUUAGAGGUAACUAGCAGUAGCAGCAAUAACAUAGGUCACAGAGUACUUGGAUUAGAAAUAAACAACUUGACAGCUCUCUUAACAUCUGGGAUAAACCUAUGCCCAUCUAUAUUGUUUUAGAUUUUUAUUCAAAUAGAUAGCUAGCAAAACAGAAGUGGUUUUUAGUUAUAAACGGUGUACUUUGCUUUUGCAGAUUAUCUGCCGGUUUACUGGAAUAUGAAAACUACAUCCACAUGAGUCAUUUAAUUUAAAAUUCAGAUUCUUUAGGAUGCAUGCAGUCCUUUGGUCGUACAGCGAUCUGGCAAUAUUCUGUGCUGCACAUGUGAUUUGAGAAUGUGCUACAUGCAGAAGGUUGUACAUUUACUGAAUUCCUCUUUAAUGGGAUGCUGUCAAAUGACCUGCAUGUGAUGGGAGGGAGUGGCUGAAUGCAGUGCUAUUUGAUUACAAUGCAAUGAAAUAUGCAUACCAUUCACCAAGACAUGGCAUAAGACCAAGUAUCACUCUUUCUAUGUGCGUUUCUCCCCAAAUAAGUUCACUAUUAAACUAAUGGUUGUUGUUUUUUACCGUGCAAGCUUAACCCUUCAUUCAACAUUAUAGCCAUUUCAAGAGACCUUUCACAAUCAAAGCCUCUUACCAAAGACUUCCAAUGCUAGUUUCAGACAGCAAUAUACUUUAUAUACAUGAACUUCGGCAUCUUCUUCUUUUGAGUUCAUGGUUGAUUGAUCUCUCAUAAUGUUGUUUUCUUUCUUCCUUUUGAUGGUGUGAACAUCGAGCUUUAAUAUAGCAGCUUACAGUUGUAGAGGCUCCAAACUGCCUUUUCCUGCUUUUAUUAGUAGAAACAAAUCAAUAUUUAAACUGGAGUUUGCUGUGUGUGUGUGUAUGUUAAAUAUAUUAUUCCCUCUAUUUUAGUGUGAAAGUCUUGUUGGAGUUAUGACAUCUGUGUUGUGAGCGGGGUUGGGUGCUGAAAAGCUACUGGCAAAACCACUGGAAAGUGUUGAGCUAUAUAUGCAGAGGGACACAUUUGGAUUUCUAUUUCUCGUCAUAGUACUCUGGAUAGGGCCACUAUCAGAGCGCUGGCACUGACAUGCACUUGGAUGGUCUUAAACUGUCCUCACUCCCUCUGAUUUUUCCCUUCUUGCCUCAGCUGCUAUUAUUUUAACCGCCAGCUUUUCACUGUUUGUGUCUCACCAUCUGAAUGCCCGAAUACUACCUUCCAUUCUUGUGCUGUUUUGUAAAGUUAUUAAAUAUAUAUAAUUUAAAUCA